AUGGCCGAUGACCAGUAUGGAGGUGAGAACGGAGUUAUGAACAAUGCGCAGUAUCAUGAGUAUCAUCACCACCAGCAGAUUCCCCAGAGAAAUAUUGUUGUCAACCGAUCAGGACUCCAGAAUGAGCCAUCUGUUUCUGUUGUAAGGGAUGAUAUUCAGAGACCUCUUUCCAUGCUACAUCAGAACCUCAUCCAAGGCAACGUACAGGAGUCGUCAAAUAUCAAUAUGCGCGAUUUCAUCAAUGAGUUGGAAGACUAUGUGCCGACGAUCCCAGAUGCAGUCACAAUGCACUUUAUGCGUUCCUGUGGAUGUGACUGUAGUGAUCCCAGAAUAGUAAGGUUGGUUGCUUUAGCGACACAGAAGUAUGUUUCUGAUAUUAUUCUCGAUGCAAUGCAGCAGGCUAGAAUGAAAGGUCUCGGACAGACCAAAAAAGGUACAAAAGAAACGCGCUAUUGUCUGACCAAUGACAUAUUGGAACCAGUCUUGAAGGAGUAUGUUGUCCGUCAAAUGUCUCAUCUUGCGGCUAGAUACACUGGUCGAGGAGACGUUCACGUUGUUGAUCCUAGUGUUGAUCUUAGGUACAUAUUUGAGAACGCCGGUAGACUUCGCCGGAGUAUAGAAGAACGGCGGAGCGAUGUGAAUAUUCCAGAGUUAAAAGAAAAAUAUGAAGCGUGGUGGGCAAAAUAUGAAGCUUGGACUGCUGCAACUGCAACCAAUCAGCCAAAGGAGACAUUGGCAGCAGCUAAGAAAGCUAUGAGAGACCAACAAGGUGGCUUACUAGGUGCACUGGCACUUCCAAAUUUUGUGCAUGAAGUGGGAACUAAAGAGAAGGCAAUGUUGAAACCUUCAAAACACCGUGAGUAUCUCACGCAAAAAGGUCAUAUUCGAGUUGACAAAAAGAUCGGCGUCGUUCAUCUUGUUGGCUAUCCUGUACUGUUGAGGAAUAACUUGAAGGACCAGCUCCUUGAAAUGUUUGAAGAUGCCGUUUUGGUUUCGCCAUCAUGUUUUGCUCGUGCGGCUAUUUUGGAAGGAGUUAACGUACCAAUGAAAGACUUUGUACGAUUCACUGAUGGGUCCGACAAUUUCCCCACAACGUAUUUAGUUGGACACUCGCUACAUUCUCUCGUUUCAUUAUUUGUUCGUUCCCAGUUUUUGGAACAAAAAAAUAAGUGGCCCAUCACUGUUCAGAGUGCGGGUGCGUCGUACUAUGCGAAGAAAGGUGUGGUUGACCUCGCCUACAGCCGCCAGCGCCUCAAACAUUGCGUUGUAUCCAUGUCCGUAAAUGACGAACAGAUGGAUACAUUUGCUAACGACAGUAUGAACAAAAUCGGAGCUCUUCUUGAUGAGGGUUUGAUGCUCGAUGUGAAAGCACGAAAGGUCAUGGGAAAGGAACUAAGAAAUUAUGAGACGCAAGCGAUUGUUUUCGAGGACAAAGGAUUGGAAGUAGCCAGGAUAUCUCGUAUUGGUGACUACAUCUCUCGUCGGCUGAAUAUCACCGUUGACUCUGGAAACUUUGUUCGAAUGACAUACGUGGAAACAGAUGUGGACCGAGUGCUUGCCCGUUUAAUUGACGGCUUAGUAGACGGGAAAGAUGUACCUAAGAAUAUUCGAGAAGCCGUUAGAAGAUACGAUAUUGUGUAA